AUGGCACCCAAAAACUCCUCCGGCCCAUCGUCAUCAAAGUCCACAAUGACGCCCAAAAACUCUUCUGGCCUCUCGCCACCAAAGCCUACAAUGACACCCGCAGAAAAACUUGCCCAAAAUGCUCCCCAACUGAAAUCCCACUUCGACCAAGCCAUCCAAGCUGGCCGUCCAAACCUCCUCACUCCAGUAUCCCUGCCAGACGCACAUGCUCACACCCUCGCUUGCUACCUCCGCGACAUGGUCAUUGACCGCAGAUUCGUCUAUCUCAAAGGCCGCAACAAGCUUCAAGAUCUCGGCAUUGAACUUCAAAGCGAACACGAAUUCCCUGGGGAUCGUGGUUAUCCGACCUCGCACGAGGAUCUCGUGUACCCGAUGGCCUCAGAUCGCGCCGGAAGUUAUGCUAUGAUGAUGUUACAACAGGUUGUGGGGUUUAAUCAGAGUAUUGUGACUAUUGAGGCUCAUCUUGAGCAGUUGAGGAUUCAGAGGGAGAUGCAACAAGGACAGCAGGAAGGGCAGCAGAAAGGAAAGCAGCCGGCAGGAAAGCAGCAGGAGACGGGUGGUCAGGCGAAUGCUCAAGAGGAGCAAUGA